UAGCUCAGUCUAUCUCUUAUGGUCAGUAAUUGACCACAACCCUCCCCUUCAGUCCUCUCUCUCUCUCUCUCCCCCUUCCCCUUAUCUUUCACAUAAAUUCAAACCCCUCGCUUUGAAACUUCACAGCGAGAGAGAGAGAAAGAGAGAGAGAGAGAGAGAGAGAGAGAGAGAGAGAGAGAGAGAGAGGGUCUGAUUCGCAUUUCAAAAAUGGCUAAACUUAAAUUACCUCUCUUUCUGCUGCUUCUCUUCAGCUUGAUUCUUGCUGCUUCCGUUAUUCAAGGUUCAAGAACAAAUCCUGAAUAUCAUGUAGCUUCAUUACAGAGAGAAGCCGCGCAUUCGCAGGAUAUGAAGCUUCAGGGGGAAGAGGAUGAGAACGAAGAUAAGGACUCAAGAAGAUUAAUGAUUGGGUCGACCAGGCCAAUAUGCACAUACAAUGAAUGCAGAGGUUGCAAGUACAGAUGCAGGGCGGAACAAGUUCCUGUUGAAGGGAAUGAUCCCAUUAACAGUGCUUACCACUACAGAUGUGUUUGUCAUAGAAAAUGGCAAAGAUGGAUUCAAUGAAGCCAAGAAGGAUCCAUCAAUUAGAGCGUGAAAGGUCCUUUCAUUGAGUGUACCAGAAAGAGAAAAAUAAGUAAAUAAAAAUAUCCCAUCAUUCU